AAUUUUUGCACUGCCUGGCAGCAAAUCGUAACAGUCGUUGAUGAUUCUGAUGGCGGAGUGAUAAAUUGGUGGGUUUGUCUGUAUUUUCGCCCUGAAUAAACAGUUAUAGAGCUGCUCUUUAUCAAAAAGGUGUAAUAAAACCUUGCGGUUAUUGAACAUAGUGUUUUUCAGACAAAAUAGUGUUGAUUUUCGUGUCAAUUUAAAACAGUUAUCCUUUGGUGUAAUCGACCGUUACCGCAAAGCGUUUUCCCGUCUCAAGCUAAUGUAAAAAUGGAUCCAUUUACGCAGAAUAUACUAGAGCGAGCUGAAAAACGAGCUGCCGCCUUGGGGAUUACAAACACGUCAAAAUUUCCUCUGUCGGAGUUCAACUACGACAUACCUACUGCGUCUACAUCGUCGGUGGUUCCAAAAUCUCCGGCCAAAAAGUCGCCUGGUGCGACAGGAGCGUAUAACAAAACCCCAAAGAAAAGUUCUAAUACUGCUGUUGUGAUUGGCAGUCGCAGUCCAAACAGUACGACCAAUGCUUCCAAUACUACUAAAAUUGAGAGUAGCGGUUCCGGGAAGGAUGUUGAUGUAGCUGUCGAAAUCAAUAUAACUACCGGGUCGAAUGUGCAAGUUGAGGUAGAAGUAGCAGAAUGUGAAGUGGAUGCUAAUGGCAAGAUUACCCGAAAGGUGGAGAACAAGUCGGAUGAUGUCGACACUAAAAACCUGAUAAGAGAUUCUUCUCGCAAUCAACUGCAGCGGUUAGGUACACUUUAUUCUGAAACCCAGGAUCUAUCAUCACCGGUACAUCGUACAGAGGGACGGUUUCAUGAAGAUGAUGUCAUGGCAAAAGAAAACAUCAGACCUCGGCCAAAAUUGGCUAAGCUAGCAAUGUUGGCUGACUCGAUCAAUAAUUGGGAAGAUGAUACCUCACAUCCUGAUAUAACACAUCACCGAGAAACGCUCCAAAUUGUGAAACCAGACAGGAGUCCUAGCAAGAAAAGCCCCAAGAAAAAGGAAAGCAUGAAGUCUUCGGAAAUGCCAACCAAGAAAAACCCGGCGCCCAAUCCACCCAAAUCGAUUCUCAGUCCAGCAAAGCCUUCCGGUACGGAUCUUGACAAAGCUGCAACGAAAACUUUAAAGUGGGACCAAAAGGUGAUGGAUGCCUUGGAAUCGCAGGGUUUCCAGAGGCGAGAAUCAAGCACUUCCAAGCUGGUGUACGAUUACAAAGGGCAAACGAAACAACCCCAAGAAAAGCAGGAAACAGAAAUGAACGAAAAGGCCUUGGUUCCAUUGAAAAAAGUUCGCGCGCCUGAGAUGCCUAAUAUUUCUAGAGAGCGUGUUCCAGCCCAAGAACAGAUACAACCACCAGUAAAGAAAGCUGAAAUCAGUAAAGGACUAGUAUCGGACCGAGCUGCUAUGUUCGAAAAAUCUAAACGGCAAUCAAUUCUUCGAAACCAGAAAGAUCCGGCGGAAAUGUCACUUAAGGAACGUCUAGCUAUUUUUGAAAAGAACAAAGGCCAAGCGCUUGUACCUAAAUCACCUUUCGGAAUUGCUCCGUCAAUCAAACAGAUUACUGGAGAAUCUACAACAAACAAUUUGGCAAAGCACACUCCUUGUCUCGCUGUCCAAGGCAUCGGCAUAGGAACAGUUCCAAAAGAACAACCCGUUUCUCAAAAGCAAAGAAUCGAUACAUAUAACAAACCACCAGCAGCGGCUUCCACAGCAUCAGGUUCCGCGAUCAAAAACACCUUUGCAGCACUAAUGUCCAAUAAUAGCACCUUGUCGGAAUCGCAAAUUUUGGAAGAAACUCGACGCCAGCGACAACAAGAAAUGGAAAUGCUACUGAAUCGUUUCUCCAAGCGUACAGACAUGUCGUCGGAUGCUCUCAUAGAAAAACCCAUUCCUUCACCACCUCCGAUGCCUCCAGAUGGUUAUCUAACUAUGAGCGCUAGGAAAUCCGACGCAGCGACAUCAUCGGGUAAUAAACGGCGAAGUGGUGAAGAACACAUCAGUCCAGAAGUGCGUUCCACGCUGGACGAAGUUAAACGCAUUCGGGUAACUGCCCCCAAAAGUGGGCGCCUCUAUCCGACGUUGAGUGACAUUGAAACUGAAACUACAGAAUCGGAAGGAGACAAUUACACGACAGCGACCGUUUCCGGGGAAGAGAGCGAACGAAACCAGACUUACUAUCAUGACUGCUAUGGCGAGGAGGAACAGGAAGAAUACGAUGACGACGUGGACGAAGAUGGGCAUCCCAUCGACGAGGAUGAUGAUAGCUACAUGUACUCCGACGAUGAUGAUCCCGAGCUAGGCGAUGGGAUAUGUGAUGUCAGUUUGGGUCAGGAAAUAAUGCAAGCUGUCAAGUUACAGGAUCGUCGUGUGAGCUACGGCAGACGACGACAGAGUCACGAUAGAAAGAUUGAUCAGCAGCAGGGUAGCAAACAACAGCGACAAUCAGGGCAGAGCCAUCAGAGCCAGAACAGUUCGACGAGCGAAGUGUCUGGUAUACUUGACGAUAUGGAUCAGUUUCUGGAUGAAGCACUUGAUGAGGAGAAUGGGGAAGAAUAUGACACACCACGUAAAUCGUCUGUUUCUUCGAAUAGUUUUUCAUACAAGAAAAAUCCCCGCAAUACAGCGUACCACACAAUCGACGAAGAUGAAGCCGAAGAAAAAAAAGACCCCGAGAAGCCAACAACCCAGCAUCAGCAGAUCAUCAACGAAGACUACAGCAGCCCGGUCAAGUCAGAGCUGAAAAUAAACCCAUCUGACGAUAACAACAUGGUCACACUGGUUCACACGGUCAGUUUCUAUCGCCGUCAACAAAACUCGAACAACCCAACACCGGUAAAAAAGAUUAUACGCACUCCAGUGCACCCUCAAAGAACAGUGGAAUCUACCACGGAGGAAUCAGAUGAUGCCACCUCUACAGCGACUGCAACGAGCAGUGCUACUUUUUCGGACGAAAAUGAUUAUCUCGUACAAGACAAGGUAAAGAAGUUAUUGGAUGAAGUCUGCAAACAACAGACAGUAAUUGCACAGACAAGUCAGGCAUUGAACCUAUGUGCUGCGACAAUAGAAUUCUCCGGCUCCAGGGAAUCGGUUGAGGGCGAGCGACAUCUCUUAGUAGCAACGCAUCGUCGCCAAGCAAUUCUGGACGAAGUUCAGCGUCUUCGUGUAGAAGGAUGUCUCCGACCGCCAGGAGCUCCUACCGACAAGGGUCGCCUAACUGUUCAAAAAAUCACACUUCCUUUGAAGCGGCAUUACAUAGAAAAGAUAACGCAGAAUAAGGACUUUUGUGGUCAUCAUUUGAUUUGUCUACUAAAAUAUAACGAAACCGUACUGGCAACACAAACGAUUCUGACUUCAAAAGAUCCCCAUUUGGUUCAGUUUCCCGAUGUGCUCCAACUGAGCAAUGUGUUUGCUGAUUUUAAGAUAACUUUGGAAAUAUACGGCAUGACAGCGCAGCCAGAAAUACUACCACACGCGAUCAAAUAUCACAUUGCGAAGAAUAAGAAGGGCUCCAGCAAACUGCAUACGCCAAAAGGUAUCAAAAGCAACUCUCGGCUGAUCAUGCCACCGGUACAAUCUCCCGCUGGUCCACAUGCUGUCCGAAGCUCCGCACUAGUACAGUAUGGUUUCAUAAUUUUUUCUCUGAAAGAAAUUCAGCGAACCAUGUGGACGCUAAACCCAGUGUCGGGUGUCAGUCCGCUCGAAGGUACAGUUCAAAUGGAGGUAAAUUGUGAACUUAGCGUCACCGUUGACUAUCGUGGUUUUCUCACGAUGUUCGAAGACGUUUCCGGUUUCGGGGCGUGGCAUCGUCGCUGGUGUCGGCUUUACGGUCACGCACUUAAAUAUUGGACUUAUCCGGACGACGAGAAACGCAAGCCUCCAAUCGGAAGCAUCGAUUUACAGAAUUGUUGCACUCAACAAGUAGCCGUUGCUCCACGACUUGUUUGUUCUCGAUUAAAUACACUCCUGUUGGAAUUCCGCAGACCCGCUCAACCUAACGAUGUCGAAUCGCUAGUACUGGAAAAGCAUGGAAAUAUGGUCAUCCAACGGCAUCUACUGUCGGCAGAUUCUAAGGAAGAACGCGACGAAUGGUGCGCUCAAUUAAACAAAUCACUUGUUCUGCUGAAAACAUGGGGGAAGACAAACAACAAGAGCACGAGUUUCUGAUGACCCGCGCUAGCCUCAGAUGGGCUUUGUACAGAUCAAACAUAGGUAGUAUUAUACAACUUUGUUGUAUCUUUUAUAUAUUUUCGGAGCAAACGCAUAUUUUAUAUUUGCAAUGAGUGUGAUUUUGCCAAAUAAUCUAAAUACUUCAAUUACGAAAGCAUUUUCACAUUCCAUUUGUUCUGAACUUUUUGUCGGGGCAUUCAUUUAUUUGCCGACGUGUUUCGUUAUAUUGCUUGUCCGAUUUUUUUACCGUUUGCGCCAUUUAAUUUACACAUCUAAACAAAAUAUAGUACUUGAUUUUUUAACUGUU